CUGAGCCGGGCGGCGCCAGCUGAGGUGUGAGCAGCUGCUAGAGUCGGUAGUUGGGAGAUCCGGAGCUGGGCGCGGAUUCUCGGAGACACCGACCCUCAGAAGAGCCACAGGCACCAUGUCAGAGCCGACCAGGGAUGCACAUCAGAUCCCUCGCAGCAGCAAGGCCUGCCGCCGCCUCUUUGGCCCAGUGGACAGUGAGCAGCUGCGCCAGGACUGCGAUGCACUGAUGGCCAGCUGCGUGCAAGAGGCCCGAGAGCGAUGGAACUUCGACUUCAUCAAUGAGACCCCCCUGGAGGGUGACUUCGCCUGGGAACGUGUGCGAGGCCUUGGUCUGCCCAAGAUCUACCUGCCCACAGGGCUCCGGGGGACCCGGGAUGACCUGGGAGGGGGCAAGCGGCCGAGCACCUCGCCUGCUCUUCUGCAGGGGACGUCUCAGGAGGACCAUGUGGACCUGUUGCUGUCCUGCACCCUUGUGCCUCACUCCCCUGAGCGGCCUGAGGGGUCCCCAGGAGGGCCUGGCACCUCCCAGGGCAGGAAACGGCGGCAGACCAGCAUGACAGAUUUCUACCACUCCAAACGCCGGCUGAUCUUCUCCAAGAGGAAGCCCUAACUCGGCUGCUGGAAGCCUUGUCCUGCUGGAAACAAGGGGACCCCCCCCCCCAGGCCUCUUCUACAUCUUUUGCCUUAGGCCUUUAGUUUGUGUGUCUUAAUUAUUAUUUGUGUUUUAAUUUAAACUCCUCCUCAUGUACAUACCUGGCUUGCCACCCCUUCCCCAUACCCCGAGCUUCUGGCAUUAGAAUUAUUUAAAACGUUUAGGUAGCAGAAAAAUAGGCUUAUUAGAGUGCUAGGUAUUUUUUAUUAUGUGAACUAUUAUUUAAGCUCUCCUCAUCCCUUUCUCUCCAUUUCCUCUCUCCCUGAGAUAAGAUGAGGCAAGCACAACCCUCAACCACUGGGUGGUACUUACUAGAGGGGCCUGGCCCCUUGGCUCACAGUCUCAUGGGUGUUAGGAAAUUCCGCCCCUUUCCUGCAUUCUCAGACCUGCAUUCCUUCCGAUUGAGAAGUUAACAGAUAGCACUUUGAAGGGGGCCCAACAGAGUUGGGGAGGCAUUAUCACAACUUUGAGGUCCCCUCGCCUCCUCUAAGGUUGGGCAGGGUGACCUGGAAGUGGGCACAGCCUGGAGCAGGGCUGGGGACUUGACACCCUCCUGGCCCUUGACACCCGGCCCCUUCUGUCCAGUGAAAGUAGGGCCCUGUAGCAAACCACCCCACCCCCCUCCACCCACAGGGGAGCCAGCCUCACUGAUUGGCUUCCCCUGCACUUUUCUGGGAGCCCAGAGGCCCCUCUUUUCUAGCCAGGCUCUCCAUCCCUCUCUGCUCCUCUGCCCUUCUCCAUGUUAUUUCCCCUUAACACCUUCUCAGCCCUGAGUGGCAGCUCCAGGGCGCCUCUCCCCCCAACUCAGAGGACUGAACGGAGAAGGGGGCAUGCUAGACAUAGGGUUCCCCAGUUCUACCUCAGGCAGCUCGAGCAGAGACUACCCCCACCUCUUAGCUCUUGGGGUGGGGGUCCUGGGGAGGGUCUGACAGGCCUCCUUGAGUGGGGAUCUCCCUGCAUCAGGAGAAUGGGGAUGAGGAGCAGACGUUUCCAGGAGGGAGAGUUUGACAUCAAUCAACGCCUGGAACUACUCCCUCAAAGACUUUUUCCAUUCCCCCCACCCCUCCCCCAUUUCAUUGCACUUUGAACAGCAGCUGAACAAAGAGUCAGGUGUUUGAAGAUGGUGGGAGUAGAGGCUGUGGCUAGGGCACACUAAGAGGGCUAACAUGGGCCUGAGAGUUGGGAGUUGUUGUCUUUCCGGAUGCCAAACACUGAGCCCCUGGAGGCACUGAACCCCUUGGUGGCUCUGACCCUGAACACCUUCCAGCUCCUGUAACAUCUUAGCCUGGACUGUUUUCUCCAGGCUCCCAUAAGUCCUGGUUCUUCUGUCUCCACCUAGACUGUAAACCUCUCAAGGGCAGGGAAUAGGUCCUGUAUUGCUCUGUGUCCUUCAAAGCCCCUCCCACAGUGCCGAGUAUACUGCAGGUGCUCAAUAAAUAUUUCUGGUGAUUUUA